UCAUUCUCUGUUUCUACCGGUGGAGGAGAGCAUCGGAACCAGGCCAAAGGAGUGUCAUGAAACAAAUGUGAAACAUGAGGAGAGAAAUUGCAGCUGUGGUGUUCUUCCUGAAGAGGCUCGUGAAAAAGGGGGGGAAGUUGGCGUCGCACAAGAUCGAUCUGUUUGUUGAGAGGCUGGCUGUUGCACUGCAGGAGAAGUUCAAGGGGCACUGGUACCCUGAUAAUCCCGGCAAAGGACAGGCGUACAGGUGCAUCCGAAUGAACAGGCUCCACAGGCAGGAUCCAGAGCUCCUUCGGGCCUGCCGAGAGAGCGGGAUUCAGUUCUAUGACCUGAGACUGUCCCGUGAACUCACACUGUGGGUGGACCCUGGGGAGGUCAGCUGCAGGUACGGCGAGAACAAUCCUUCUUUCUCAGUUGCCAGCUUCUCUAACGAUGAUAAGGAGGACACAGAUAUUGCAAAGGUGACCAGUGCUUUGGAGAGGGUGACUUCAGACUACCACUCGGGUUCUUCCUCAGAUGAGGAGAGCACACGCGCUUCCCCCCUCACUGUCUUCAACGGCCGCAAUCCUUACCAGGCAAUGAAUCCGGCUGCUCCUACGUGGCAUCCUAAGAAGAUGGUACCAGGGAAAGUUCACAUACAUCCACGGCCGCACUACAACUUCAGGCCUCGCGGCAGAGCCCCCCCCACUUUCAGGCCCAGUCCGUGGAUCCCACCUGGCUUUGGAGGAAGGCCUGUUCGCUACUGGGACACAACCCAAAAUCUGACCCUUAGUUACAGAUGGAACCUUGAUGCUUCUUCACACUAGACAUUAAAGCAGAAGACCACUUUAAAAUGACUGAACAAUGUUCUUUUUUAAAACAUGAAUUUUUAUAGAUAACAUAUUGAUCGUUUUUUGACAGAAAAGUCCUUUUUGCACUUUAGACCAUUGGUUAUACUUUAAAUGAAUCACUUGUAUUAAAUUAGAUAUUUAAAUUGGAAUACUACACGUGUUGAAGUACUGUAUUUUUACAAUGGGAGACGUUCAUGUAAGCCACCUACUUUGUCCUUUUUGUGGUAAAAUGUUUUAUUUAUUCAUAGUGCAGAAUUGUCAGAUGUAUAGACUUAAAUUUAUGGAUUUUUAUUAAACACAAUUUC